AUGUCGCAAGCUGGCGGAUCAUACAAUAACCCCUUGAAGAAGUUCAAGUUGGUGUUUCUGGGAGAACAGAGCGUCGGAAAGACCUCUUUAAUCACACGAUUCAUGUAUGAUUCUUUCGACAACAUGUAUCAAGCGACAAUUGGAAUUGAUUUCCUCUCCAAGGUCAGGACCGUGACAGCCGACUCCUAG